AUGCGGCAUGUUUACCCCCUGCGAAAAGCGCUCCUACCCCCCUACCUCGUCAUUACCCUCAUCCUGCUCUUCACCUUCGAACCUUCAAAUCAAAUUGGGUUAAAAAAGGAUGUCCGUUUUACCCUCGCAAAUGGAAACCAUGAAAGUAGGUCCCCUUUUGUUAAGAGAAAAAAUAUUGGCAACUCGAUUUUUUUCCCCCUAGGAAGGAAAAAAAAUAAAUUUACUUCCAUUAGUACAGACAUUUUUAAAGACCCGUCUUCUUAUGCGAAAGGAAAAGACGAAUGGAAGAGUCAAGUGGUCAAUGUGGACGCUACACAAAAGGGUCAACAUGAAAGGGGGUGUAAAAUGCUUAAGGAGAAGAAGCAACUCUCCUCGGAAGACAUCACUGUUGAUGCUAAAUGUGGGGGCAGUGAUAACAGUAGCGGUGGUGAUGCAGGACGGGGUAUGUAUGUACCCAUGGGGGAAACAAAGCAGGGGGGAAAUGCAUCAUCGGAGGAAGAAAUGCAUAUCCUCCACAACAACCUGAUUAAAGGGCUCAUUAGCAAAUUUUGGUCAUUCGGGAAAAAAAGUGACCAUGCACGUGUGAAGGAAGAGGACGCCUCUAACGGUAGUGCGAAUGGGGGAGCAGGAGGUGGUGACCCAGACAAGAACUCAUGGUGGUCAAGUCAGUCGAAGGAUAAGCCCCCCCCAGGAGAAGAAAAUUCAGCAGGACAGACGCAACGACCUAGUAGAGGCACGGACCAUGACAAGGAAACGAAUUUCCUCCUCAAGGCACUGGAGACAGGAAAAUUUCCCUCCUACUGUCUCGUGGACAAUAUUGAUGAGCAUAUCGACAAUUGCGAAAUAUACAUGAGUAAAGAAAAGAUGGAGGAGCUGAAUCUGAGUGAGGGUUUCACGGUGUUGUUAAAGGGAAAGAAGAAAAAGGAAAUGUUAGCCGUGGCCAAGGUGGACACAAGAUUAAAAAAACAUUUCGUUGUGAUAUCUUUUGCGAUGAAGAAAAAUCUUAGACUCAUGCACAAUGACAUUAUAAAGAUAUACCCAUUAGUGAAGGUAAGUCCUUUACGAACAGUUGUGGUUAGUCCUUUCAGUGACACGGUAGGAGGGCUAAGUAAAAGGGAGUUGGAGGAAGAGGUGCUGAAGCCAUACCUAAAAGGGAGUUUCAAGCCUCUGUGUGAAAAUACAAAUUUGUAUAUCUCGCAUAAGGGGAAGAAAAUCGAGUUUAGGGUUGUCAAGUUGAUGAAGGAGGGAGAGGAAGAAGCAAGUCGGAAGGGGGAGGAGGGGGGGUUGGCAGCAAGACGAGUAGAUGUACCGAGUUCACAGCAGUACGGUUACGUAGGUGAUAAUGCGAUCAUCACGUUGGAUGAGGAAUAUUUGAACAGAGAGGAUUAUGAAGAGCACACAGACGACAUUACCUAUGAAGACCUUGGAGGAAUGAAAAAACAAUUAAAUAAAAUUAGGGAAUUGAUCGAGUUGCCUUUAAAAUAUCCUGAAAUAUUUAUUAGUAUAGGAAUAUCAGCUCCCAAGGGGGUACUCAUGCAUGGUAUCCCCGGCACAGGAAAGACCUCCAUCGCAAAAGCAAUUGCUAAUGAAACGAAUGCAUACUGUUACAUCAUCAAUGGACCAGAAAUUAUGUCCAAGCAUAUAGGAGAGUCAGAGCAAAAGCUCAGAAAAAUUUUUAAAAAAGCUAGCGAGAAAACACCAUGCAUUAUUUUCAUAGACGAAAUUGACUCCAUUGCAAAUAAAAGGAGUAAGAGUACAAACGAGUUGGAAAAGAGAGUCGUUUCACAAUUACUCACUCUCAUGGACGGACUAAAAAAAAAUAAUAAUGUGUUGGUUUUGGCUGCAACCAAUAGACCGAAUUCUAUCGACCCUGCCCUCAGACGCUUUGGUAGAUUCGAUAGGGAAAUUGAAAUUCCAGUACCAGAUGAACAAGGGAGGUACGAAAUUUUACUCACCAAAACGAAGAAAAUGAAAUUAGAUGCAGAUGUGAAUUUAAGAAAAAUUGCCAAGGAGUGCCAUGGGUAUGUCGGUGCAGAUCUUGCGCAGCUCUGCUUCGAGGCAGCCAUUCAGUGUAUUAAGGAGCAUGUGCACUUUCUGGACCUAGACGAGGAAGAUUUUAUCGAGUUUAUGAAAAUAAGUGUUGAUGAGAGGCGGGGUAGUGAUGGGGGGGGGGACGACAAUGUGGGGGGUGGUAGUGUGGCUAGUGUUGGGGAGGUGAAGGAGAAAAUGGGUUUUUUUUUCCAAAGGGCAAAAAUGGCAAAAUCGUCAAGCAUGGCAAAAUCGUCAAGCAUGGCAAAAUCGUCAAGCAUGGCAAAAACGUCAAAAAUGGCUCCGACGGCCGGCAAGUCCUGGUUGGGGGGGAAAGGAGGCCAACGGGAUCACAGCAACGCAGCAGGAGAAGGACUAGACAGCAGGGGGAAGAAAAUCCCGCCGUACAUCCUCAACAAAUUAACCAUAAAGGCAAAGCACUUCCAACAUGCACUCAACAUAUGUAAUCCCAGUUCAUUACGAGAAAGACAAGUGCAGAUACCCACCGUGACAUGGGACGAUAUUGGAGGGAUGCAUGAAGUAAAGGAGCAAUUGAAGGAAACCAUUCUUUACCCUCUAGAAUAUAAACACCUGUACACAAAAUUCAACUCUAAUUAUAAUAAAGGGAUAUUACUGUAUGGUCCCCCUGGUUGUGGAAAAACGUUAUUAGCAAAAGCAAUCGCAAAUGAAUGUAAUGCUAAUUUCAUUUCGGUCAAAGGGCCAGAAUUAUUAACCAUGUGGUUUGGAGAAUCCGAGGCAAAUGUACGGGACCUAUUUGAUAAAGCACGAGCAGCUUCCCCUUGUAUUAUUUUCUUCGAUGAAAUUGAUUCAUUGGCCAAGGAAAGAAACAGUAGCAACAACAACGACGCUAGCGAUCGGGUCAUUAAUCAGAUCCUCACCGAAAUUGAUGGUAUAAAUGAAAAGAAGACCAUAUUCAUAAUUGCAGCUACGAAUCGACCUGACAUCCUAGACAAAGCUCUAACCAGACCAGGACGGUUAGACAAGCUCAUAUAUAUUUCUCUUCCAGAUUAUAAAAGUAGGUGUAGUAUUUUUAAAGCCAUUUUGAAAAACACACCCCUGAGUAAGGAUGUUGAUCUAUACGACAUGGCCAAACGCACAGAGGGCUUUUCCGGGGCUGACAUUACUAACCUCUGCCAGAGUGCUGUGAAUGAAGCGAUUAAAGAAACGAUUCAUUUGAUUAACCAACGGAAGGUGGAGAAGGGGGGAGGUGCACGAACGCAGUGUGCGGAUGACCACUACGACCCGGUGCCCACGUUGGCCAAGAAGCACUUUGACUUGGCUUUCAAAAACGCGCGCAUUUCCAUUCGCCCGGAAGACGUCCUCAAGUACGAGCGCUUUAAGGAGAAGCUCUCCCUGCAGAACUUUGACUGA